AUGACGAGUAGGUUGUAUGUCAUCGCUUGUGUCUUGCACGCAACUAAUGAUCAUGAUCCUCGCUUGAGAGAGAGGGCAGUUGCCCGAAAUUCUGCAUUACCCCAAUAUGGCAAGAUCCUUCCACGAGUUCAAAGGAAGCUGGCCGUAGAGAGAGCCAAGCCUUACCAUUUGCCUGCGUCGGUCGUAAGAGAAGUCUCAAGACCAACGCCAUUAUCCACAGUAACAAACCCAGCUAAUGCAGGACAUUUGUGUACUAGAGAAAAUUUCCUCAGUGCUGUAUUGUGCAAAACUGGAGAAGUCUGGGAAGGAAAUGAGCAGGAAACCGGUUUCUCACGAGUUGAUAGGUUGCCUGAUUUGAUGGUCCAUCCUGUUCCUUCAUGUUCUGCAGCACAGUCACCAUGCAGAGCUUCCACUUCGUUCAUGCCAUCCAGCCCACCGAGAUCAAAUAUGCAUGGUUCCAUCUCACAAAAUAAUUUUUCAGGAGGCUCAGAGCUGAAUUUACUUACCACUCCUCCUGUGGUUAAGAGAGCUAAAGUUUUGGCCACAUCUGCUUCUGGUGUUCCUGGGUUUACUCCUCGGUCUAUUCUCAGAUCCAACCUUCGCACCACUCCCCUAGCUACUCCCUCCGCGUCUCCGGGACGAUCGGUCACUCCUCCUUUACGAGCAAAGAAACCUAGAGUAUCAUUCAGGGAGGAGAACUCGAACGCAGAAUGGACUGUUGGGGAGCUUCCGACUAAAGAGGAAGAGGAUGCCGAAUAUACAGAGUCUGUGGGAAAGCAAAAAUUGAAGAGAGGUAGAACUGCAAAAUCAAAAAUGAAGAAAGCAAGCAAGAAAUGUUGA